AUGUAUAAAUGUGUAAAAUGUGUAUCUGCGUUUACGCGUAAGGACAAUUUGAUGAGGCACGAGAAAACGCACGAAGGCGUUCGUUUACCGUGCACUAUUUGUACAUCGACGUUCAAGUACAAGUCUCAUCUGAAGAGACAUAUGAAAACCGUCCAUGGUAUGCAUAAUAUAUUAUUUAUUUUAUUAAUUUAUUAUGAUUUUUAUUUUUAUUUAUUUAUUUAUUUUUUUUUUUUCAAGCCGAUGCACACGUACGACCACAAUCAGAUCAUUCCGAACGAAGAUUUUAACGAUGGGUACGAUGAAAUGUGCUGUGAAGUUCUAGAAAAUGUUCAAGAUGCUGGGCUAUGCGAUAUGACAAACAAUGUCCGCGUCCGGGCACCUGGCGAAAAAGAAAUAGCUCCUGGAAUAUUUGUACCUGACAUACCAGCAGGCCUCUCGGCAGUAUGUGAAUAA